UAUUUGCAGUAUGAAAUACAGUUCGCUUAAACAAUAUUUGUUAAUACAAUUUAUGGCUCUGGCAGUAAAUGCCGUAAGUUACUACUCCAUAAAUGCACCCGGUGUUAUAAAAUCUAAUCGUAAAUACACGGUUUUUACUGCCCUCCAUGAAGCCAGUGGACCGUGUUCAAUACGUAUUGCUAUUGAGGGACCCAGUUUUAAUGAGUUUCAAGAUAUUACUCUACAACCAUAUGAAACGAAAGUUAUAGAUUUUUUUCCGAAAAAAUUAUUGCAUGGCGAUUAUAAAUUGAAGGCUGAAGGUUUAAACGGUCUUAGUUUUAAAAAUCAAAGCAAUUUAAUCGCUUAUCCAGAUUAUGGUCCCAAAAUUUACAUACAAAGUGAUAAAGCUAUUUAUAAACCUCAAGAUGUGGUCAACUUUCGUAUUGUAAUAUUGGAUGAACAUACGAGACCAUUAAAUAUUCAAGACCCUAUAGAUGUGGAAAUAUUUGAUUCAGCUGAAAAUCGUGUUAAACUAUUUAGUCAUAUAUCACUGACAAGUGGCGUAUAUACUGGACAAUUCAAAUUAUCCAAAUAUCCUCUCUUAGGAAGAUGGAAAAUUAAAGCAGUUUUAGGUGGAAAAUAUGAUUAUUCGAAUUACAAAUACAUUAAGAUACUUGACUAUACUUUACCAAAAUUCAGUGUUUAUCUAAAAACUCCUUCAAAUAUUGUUGUAGAGGAUGGUUAUAUUAAAGUUGUAAUAUUUGGUAAAUAUACGUUUGAUAAACAUGUUGAAGGCAAUGCCACUAUUGAGUUGUGGAAUGAUUACGACAAUAUGCUUUUACAAACCCAACAAAUUGAAAUUGAAAGUUUAGGUUUCGUUGAAUUCGAUAUUAAAGACGAAAAACGUAUCAAUAAUGCUUAUAGUCUAAAGAUCAAGGCUAAGCUAACCGAUAAGUACUCUGGCAGAACAGAGGAAGAAAACAAAACUAUAUAUUUACAACGGCAACGUUAUAAUUUGUUGAUACCAUACGAUGAAAUAGAAUUUGAAAAUAAUAAACCAUAUCGUCUAAAUGUUUAUGUUAAACAUUGGACGGGAGCUGCAGUUUUGGAUCACAGUACGCCAGUUACCAUGGAACAUGGCAGUAAAAUGUAUGAAUCAUUUUUAGAUGAAAACGGUGUGGCUACCUUUGAAUUCGAUCAUGAACCAAAUGCCAAACAUACUUUUUUGUUUAAAGAUUCCAAAGAAAUGUUAUAUAACAUUUACACAAGUGCAAAUUUAAUGUUAAACAAUAGGGAAUUCUAUUGUCGACUAAAGUUGGUGGGUGGAAAAUUAAAACUUGGAAAACCCGUUCAAAUUGAAGUCAGUUCUAUUGUCAACAUUCCUUAUUUAAUGUACACGAUAAUGGGCCAUGCCAGUCUAAUACGUACGGAAUAUAUUAAAGUGCCACCCAAUCAAAAGUCCCACAUCAUAACCAUAACACCUACGAUUGAAAUGAUACCCAAGUCCUUUAUCUAUGUAUAUUACGUACACAAAGGCAAUUUACGUUAUGAGGAAAUGCGUUUGAGUUUUCCAUAUGAAUUUGAAAAUCAGGUAUUGAACUACAAUAAAAAAAACUUUCGAUAACCUUAAUCACUAUUUAUUAAGAUCUCUUUGUCGGCGCCCAAACAA